GUUGGAGCAGCUUUGCCUGUUGAUGUCUUAAUAUAUGAGGAAAAAACUCUGUCUGCCAUAUUAAGAGUUGUUAGCAGUGGCCUUGUCAAGCUGUGGAGUGCUCUAACAUUGCUGGGCUUCUACCAGAACAGGAGGUGUGCCUUUCGAGUGCUGCAGACAUCUCCGUUUCUUCUUGCAUUAUGUGGGAAUAGUAGAGAACUAAUCUUGGACUGAAUGCAGUUGCGGGUUUGGCUGUACGAAGCAAGCAGAAGUUGCUUAAGAUGUUGCAGCCCUUCAGGCAUGGAAUUUGUGGAGGGGUUUUCCGACAAAGAGCCUUGACAAAGCUAACAGUUAUCAACUCCCUGCCUGGACGUCACUUCCUUCAAAGUUUACACAUAAAAGUUGGAGACAAAGCUGAACUUAGUAAAGCUUUUACACAGAAUGAUAUCGCUACUUUUUCUGAUUUAACAGGUGACACAAAUCCUUUACAUUUAAAUGAAGAUUUCGCAAAGAAAUCUAGGUUUGGGAGAACUAUUGUACAUGGAGUGUUGAUCAAUGGACUUAUUUCUGCAGUUCUGGGUACUAAAAUGCCCGGUCCAGGCUGUGUGUUUCUUUCGCAGGAGAUCCGAUUUCCAGCCCCUUUGUACACUGGUGAAGAAGUGAUAGCAGCAGCAGAAGUUAAACGACUGAAGGGUUCUAUUGCACACAUUUCAGUAUCAUGUAAAGUCAGAGAAAGUGGAAAGACUGUUAUGGAAGGGAUGGUGAAAGUCCUGGUGUCGGACAGUUAGAGCUGUUGAUCCUGUGCUGCUUUACUAUAAAGGCCAGAAAUGUGCGCUUGGUUUUGACUGUCUUUUUAUGUGACAUCACUUAAUCCAGUAAAUUUGCAACAAAAAA